AUGGAGCUGCAAGACUGGACAUUUGGCACGAGUUACGAGUUGCUGGUGUACAAACUCAUCAUGUGGCCGUUGGGAAUUUGGCCUCUCAAUAAAGGCGAAAUAUUUUCCGAGAUUCGACUGCUUCUUGCUGCAUCGACUCAGGCUGCCACAUUCAUCUGUUUGAGCCUAGAAAUAUGGAAUAAUUGUCGAGGAGUCGAAAUAGUACUGGACCUUUUCGUAUUGAGUGUCUUUUCACUGCUCGCCUGCAUCAAAGGACUGAUAGUGCAUCAUCACAUCAGCGAUAUGAACGAGAGCGUAACUUCUGCCAUUAUGGAUUGGUGUUCACUAUCGCGAAGUGAAAACCCCCAGAAUCGCGAGUUGAUGAUGAAAUACGCCCGAAUAGGUCGGAUAGUAUGUUUCUCCCUGAUGAUUCCAGCCUCCAGUGGAACUUUGUCAUGGAUAAUACUCGCUCUACCCCUCCCCAUGUUCACUCCGCCAAACAGCUCCGAUGUAAUCAAGAACUUUCCACUUCAAACUGCAUGCACAUUCGAGCCCAUUACAACUUCCAGAUUUUACUACAUUAUUUUUGUCCUUCAAAUGUACCAAUUGGUAACCACUUGUCUUGGAAACUGCGGCAAUGAUGUCUUCUUCUUCGGACUGUCGAUGCACACUUGCGGGCAGUUGGAAAUACUACAAAACGAUUUUACAAGUAUUAAAAUUAGGGAGCAAGAACCUGAUAAUUCGAAAAAAUUGAGGUGCAUGGUGGAUAGACAUGUGCAUCUCAUCGAACUGGUUGAGAAAUUGGAAAGCACAUUCAGUAUGAUCAUUCUGGCGCAGUUGAUAAUGAGUGCUGUGCUGAUCUGCAUCAUGGGUCUGCAGGUAAUAAUAGCAUUGAAAACCGAUGACAUGUUUGCAGCGAUCAAAGCCAACAUAGUACUUUCCUCCCUGAUGUCACAAUUGUUCCUAUACAGCUACGGCGGGGAUUGUUUGACAACUCAAAAUACAUCAGUGGUGCAUGCUGUCUAUAAAAGUUCAUGGUAUGAGACUUCAUCGAUGAUGAGGAAAAACAUUGCUUUUAUUAUGAUGCGGGCUAAUAAGCCAAUAUACGUCACAGCUGGGAAUUUUUUUUACAUGACAUUGAGCACAUUCAUGGAUAUUUUGAAAGCUUCCGUUUCGUACAUGUCGGUUCUUCGAAUAGCAAUUGAUGUGUAA